AUGGGCGCAACUGGCGGCCAGGCGUCUGCGGAGGACACCAGGUUUUCGCUUCGAUCACUGGAACCGUUUGGGCAACCGACGCGUCUGGUCAACAAGAUGCACCCUGCCCUGAAACACAAUCGGCGGUUUUCGGAGGGUUUAUAUGGUGAAAAGCGUAAGCGUCAGCAGGUGCCCGCGGAGACGAAAGUAAAGCGGCUUUACCGGUCACUUUCGCGUGCCACCAGUGCCUGUCUGAGACUCGCCCUGGGCAUGGCGGUUCAAAGCAGCAUCCGUCCAGGCGCGGAGCUUCCUGCAGACGCCGUACAACGACGGAACGGAUAA